AUAAUUUAGCACCUUCCAGUGAGCGGCUAUGAUUACUCUGGAGCCCGACCGGCUAUCGCUAACCUGGUGGUUUCGGAUUCGGAGCAAUCUGGAAAGCUUGAACCAAUUUUUGAUCGCUUUGAAGCUAUUUGGUGUAAUGAUUUUCACCGUGGUCAAUCGGGAAAAUUUCACCAUUCGGGUGACGCUCUCCGAUUGGCUAUUGCUGGCGGUGUUAUCGAUCGCCAGGAUAUGGGGAACACUUACCGGUAUUGUGCGGAAGCAAUGGCAGCCGUACAUUCGUUCCGAGCUGGAAUCGGUGACUUAUGUGAUGGCGUUUCCUAUUUUUUGUGUGCCACUGCUCGUAGUACUGAUUCCCAUCUACGUAAUGUUCCACCAGCGAAGGAUAGAGGAUAUGCUUCGGGCUCUGAAGGAUGUUGACGAUGGGUCACGACGAAUCGGUUAUCUCAGGAACCAUCGGUAUCAUCACUUCACUACCACAAUGUAUCUGCUGAUGUGUUUGGCGUUUCUACUUAGUGUGUUAGUGAUAACCAUGCUGAUACAGGGGAUAGAGUACGUAUCGGAUGCAACUUUUUUUAUAACGAUGCUGACGAUGGCUGGGCUCGGUUACACGUUAUACCACACAGCACUGAACGUGAUGAUUUUGGCAAUAAUUACUCGACUCAUCCUGUUAAAUCGUUGCCUCAAAGAAAAGUUACAGUUUGAGGGUGCUUUCAAUGGUAGGAAGGCCGAAUUGGUGAUCCAGCUGGCGAAGCUAUUCGAUAGUCUUUGUGAUGCGACUGAUGCUAUCAAUAUUGUGCUGUGUAUUCCACAUCAAAGUAGCGUUGUGGACGGCUUAUUUGUCUUGGAUUCUGAUGCUUACGCAAUCCACUCUUUCCGACCGGCUCUUCAAGCUCGCUCUGAAGUUUGUCUGUGGCUUCCUCGCUUGAUGUUUCCCCAGGCUUCGUUGGAUACGUUUGAGGACGUGAAUCUGUGGAGAGGUAAUAAUUUAUAACAAAGGGUAAAAAGAAUAAAAGAUAUGAAUGAUAGUUACUUAAUUUUGUUGGUGUGUUUAUUCUAUUUUCCUUCUGAGAAGAGAAUUCGUUAACAUUUCCCUCAGCUUCUUCCACCUUUCGUUGAACAAUUUUUUUGAGCAAUUUUACAUUACGAUCGUAUAUCCUAUUCGUUGACAUAUCCAUUAUCGUAGCUCGCCUUGCUCCAGUGAUUUGGACGACCUUGUGUAGUAUUUUAUUAUAUGUGGAAUCAGCCUUAUCUCGCUUCUUUUGGUUAACCAACACCAUAUCUCCAGCCUUGAUCAGCGACUCCUGGGCAUGACGGCUAGUAUCCGCUCGCAGGUUUCGAUUGAACUUAGCAAUCUGAUCUCGGUCCCUUAGCUCUCCAUCAGCCUUGUGGUUGCUAUCCGUUCGCAAAUCUGGUAAAAAACAUCUGACAGCUCUGCCAAACAUCAAUUCUGCUGGAGGAAUCUUCGUUACGUGAUGCGGCCAUGAAUUGUAAGCUGCAACCUAAUCAGCUAAAGCUUCUCUCCAAUUUAGCUGCCCAAGUUUCGCGAUAGCAGUUAUUUUAUUUAUUCCCUGCAUAAUCCUUUCGACCAUUCCAUUCUCUGUGGGAUUCAACGGCGUACUACGGAUUAACUUAAUACCUCAUACUUCCUUCAGCCACUUCUCAAGUUCGACACUGUUGAAAGGUGGCCCAUUAUCUGCUUUCAAUGUUUUCGGAACGUAAUAAGUAUUAAAAACUCUCAUAAGCGCUUUCA